AUGGCGUCUGAAGAUGUUGAAUUCAAGUGCCAUGUUAGCAAUCUGGCCAUGGACAUAAAGAGAUAUGAGCUCGAGAAUGCAUUUUCCCAGUUUGGUGACGUUAUAGAAGUUUAUGUUGUUUAUCCAUCUGAGCAUGAUUAUGAUCACCCAAGAGCAUAUGGAUUUGUUACAUUCGAAAACGAGAAAUCCAUGAGGGAUGCCAUUAACGGAAUGAAUGGUCAGAAGCUCGACAACGGAAUAUACAGCAUCACUGUGGAAGAGGCUCACUCAUCUCGCAGAAGUCGUCGUUCUCGACGUGUUGUUUCAAAGAAGAAGGUCUGA